GUCGCUUAUCUGAAGUUAUUGUUCAAGCGAGGAUCCUCACUCGCAACAUGCAGUACAGCAGGGUGUCCAGGUUCUCAGUUAAAAGACAGCAGGGAUAGAAUUUCUUCCAGUGCACACACAGACACCUACAGCUUGAAUUCACGACUCUCUCUCCAAUCUAUCUCAACAAAUAUCAGCAGUACAAUGUCCAAGACCGUAGCCAAUAUCAACUCGGUGGCCUGCGACAGAAUGCUGGAGGGCAUUUUACUUUAUGCUGCCCAAGGAAGCCACGAGGAAACAGGGGUGGUGGGCUCAUUCCUGAGAAUGAUAGAACUAGCCUCAGUCUGCCGUCAGUGGAGGUUCCGUCUUAUUGCGCACAUAUGCCGUACAGCUAUAGCUGAAUGCAAGCGGGUACCACACCAGAACGCUGGUAACAAUUCACCUUCCAGCUACAAAUGGAUAUCCAACAUCAAGCUCAUUACUGCAAUGGGCCUGUCUAGUAAAACGAGGGAGCUAUACAUAUACGAUAUCGACGGCAAGGGCACUUCUUCGUUUUCGGCAGCAAUGGAAGCCACCCGAUUUGGCUCAUAUUCUUGGGACAGGGUAAGCCUACUCAAAUUUGGGCGGGGCGCAUUCAAGGAUACGGAAGCUGGGAACCCUGGCGUCAUUGGCUCGGUCUUUUCUAUUCUCACCUCCAAUUUUCCUUCCAUCAGCAAUGUCAACUACUUGUUAGACAGCCUACCACGGACCAGCGGGACCACGCUACGUGCAAUGCUGAUUAACCAUUACACCUCCCAGUCAAUGACUGUCUGCAUCCGGGAGUGGAAUCUGACAGCCUCAUUAGGGCUCCUCCGCCAAGAUAUCACGAAGCUGGAUAUUAGCACCUCGGUCAUGGCUGGCGCACUGCAAGAUUUACGGUUUCCAAACUCCUCUCUACAGUACCUACGAGUAACCGAUGUAGAAAGAUGUUUCCGAUGGGACUGGUUUCGGAGCGAUGCUAAUGAGUGGUACGUCGUAUUCCCAGAGUUGAAGGAACUGGUGCUAGAGUUCGUGUGCAUGGGGGACGACAUGGGUACUAUGAGCAUCGCUAGAUUUGGCUUGCGUUUCCCCAAGCUGCUAAUGCUCAGAGCGUUAAAUGGUCUUCUAUAUUAUUCAGACUUUUACACUGCGUUUGUCGACUCGCCGUUGGAAUCGCUGUACAUAGCCGAGAUGGGAACCCAUUUGGAGUAUGUAGACUCCAGAGUGAUAAGGAACGUGCACGCUUUGGAAAUACGCCCCAUGGAAAGUACCUCGUACCUACUGCAUAUGGUAAGCCCUUACUCUCAUCUGCUAUCUGUUGAUUCGAUGGCUCAGGCGGCCAUUCUAGUCAGCAUUCCACCGUACAUGCUUCCUGCGAUUAACUGGACGAAUCUUCGGGAGGUCGAAUUGGAUCUUGACAGACUGGAAUUCGAGCCAAUUGAUGCUCUCUUGUUGCGCCUUCCAUUCAUCAAGAGCCUUUCGAUCAAUUACUUUGUAUACUCGUGGCAAACUACAGAUGACUACCAUCCUCAUUGUACCAGCAGUGAUUCGCCCGUAGAACUGCUGAGCAUGAGUCUUCAGUACGUUUCGCUUGCCAUCAAAGACAAGAAUUUGGGCCCAGUAUGCGUGAAGUGGCUAUGCACCUUGAUUCCACACAUCCCAUCGUUGCUGACAGCCCGUGUUCCCCAUACAUGUGUGGACGAGAUCAAGCAGUUUGUCCAACUGUCUGGAAAGGAUAUCGGUAUCCGUGAGGCAGCCUGUUAUUGA